AUGGUCGGCGCCCAUGUCAAGGGCAACCUGCGCAUGGUCUUUCUCGACGGCGACGACCGCUUGCUGCGCCGCGACGGCGGCCUCGCCGCCCUCGAGCCCGAGGAGGUCCGCAUCGCCUGCGCCGAGCGCGGCGUCGACGUCCUCGGCAAGGGCGACGGCGAGCUGCGCCAGCGCCUGGGCGACUGGCUGCGUCUGACGGCCGACGAGGACCCCGCCGACAGGCGGAGGCGCAUGACGGUCCUGCUGACGACGAGGGUUGACAACUGGCCCACGACCAGCAACUUUGCGCUUCCCGAGUGGCAUCUCUAG